CCUGGUUGGGUGGGUAGCAUACGCCGAUUGCUGAGCGGCGGCACCGAGUCCUAAAAAACUCGCCACUAAAAGAUCCCAAUACGAAAGGCUCCACCUUUAUCCCUCUUACCCCCCUUGACCCUCUGCCAUGGCCGCCGCCACAACUACGUCUCCCACCGCCGGCAGGCUUCCCUUUUCCCCACAUCCUAACGCUAAUCCCGCUCGUCUCUCCUCCCCCGCCUCCCUCAAAACCCCUUCAAAACCCGUCUCCCUUCAUCUCCGCCACCUCACCGUCCCCUCUGCCGCCGGCGCCGCCGCUCCCUAUCCAGACUCUUCCUCCUCUUCUAUUCCCGACCUCCUCUCCGACAAACCCCGUGACGAAUGCGGCGUCGUCGGCAUCAUCGGCGACCCCGACGCCUCCUACCUCUGCUCAGUCGCCCUCCACGCCCUCCAACACCGCGGCCAGGAGGGCGCCGGUAUCGUCUCCACCCACCGCCCCAGCUCCGACUCCCCCGUUUCUCUCCGCUCUGUCACCGGCCUGGGCCUCGUCUCCCAGGUCUUCCAAGACAAGUCUAAGUUCGACUACCUCUCCGGCUCAGCCGCCAUCGGCCACGUUCGCUACUCCACCGCCGGUUCCGCCUCCUCCCUCGCCAACGUCCAGCCCUUUCUCGCAGGCUACCGCUUCGGCCAACUUGCCGUCGCCCACAACGGCAAUCUCGUCAACUACUCCUCCCUCCGCGCCAGCCUCGAAGACUCCGGCUCCAUCUUCAACACCUCCUCCGACACCGAGGUUAUCCUCCACCUUAUCGCCAACUCCAACUCCCGUCCUUUAAUCUCCCGCAUCGUUGAUGCCUGCGAGGCCCUCCAAGGUGCCUAUUCCCUCGUCUUCCUCACCAAAAACAAGCUAUUCGCUGCCCGCGACCCAUACGGAUUCCGUCCCCUCGUCCUUGGCCGCCUCCGGCGCCCCAGCCGCGGCAUCGUCUUCGCCUCCGAGACCUGCGCGCUCGACCUAAUUGAAGCCGACUACGAGCGUGAGGUGAAUCCUGGGGAAGUCAUCUUUGUCGAUGGGCAUGACCUGUCUAUCUCCUCCCUCUGCCUCAUGCCUCCUAAACCUCGUAAAGCUUGUAUCUUUGAGCACAUCUACUUCGCUCUCCCGAACUCCAUUGUGUUUGGCCGCGCUGUCUACUCUUCGCGAUAUUCUUUCGGUUCUACGUUAGCGAAGGAAUCUCCAGUAGCCAACGCCGAUGUAGUUAUCCCUGUUCCUGACUCGGGCUUCUAUGCGGCCCUUGGCUAUGCUUCCCACUCCGGCGUUCCAUUUCAGCAAGGGCUUAUCCGCUCUCAUUACGUCGGCCGAACGUUUAUUCAACCAGAACAGAACAUAAGGGAUUUGGCGGUGAGGCUUAAACUAGCACCUGUGAAGGGGAUUUUGGAAGGCAAAUCAGUGGUUGUUGUUGAUGACUCCAUUGUUAGAGGAACAACAAGCUCUAAGAUUGUGAGGCUUAUUAAGGACGCUGGCGCAAGGGAAGUUCAUAUGAGGAUUGCAAGCCCUCCAAUUGUUGGUUCAUGUUACUAUGGGGUGGAUACUCCUAGAUCAGAGGAGCUGAUAUCUAAUAAGAUGGAUGUAGAGGGGGUGAGAAAUGCAAUUGGUUGUGAUUCACUUGCUUUUCUAUCGCUUGAAAGUCUUAGAAAUUUGCUUGGGAAGGAGGCGCCGAGUUAUUGUGAUGCUUGCUUUUCAGGGAACUAUCCUGUUCCACCAAUGGAGAAUGAGGCAGAUAGGUUGCUAGCAGAGGAGGAAGAGUGAGGUCAGUUUUUUCCUUGUAUACUUCGUUGAGAUUAUGAUGAUGAUUCUUUCACUGUGGAAGAAGGCAAGUUUUGUUUCUUUUUCUUAA